CGGUCGGCGCUUCCCGCCGGGAGGCGGCGUGGGAAGGGGAGGGGGCGGCGGGACGGACCCCCCGGAGCCGCGGCCAUGAGCGCCCCGCAGCCGCCGGGCCGCGGGAUGCGGUUCGCCGAGAGCCAGCUGCGGCGGCACGGCUGGCGGCGAGGGCAGGGGCUGGGGAAGCGGGGGGACGGCAUCGCCGAGGCCAUCCGGGUGAAGGUGAAGUGCGACACGGCGGGGGUGGGACACGACGUGGCGGAGCCGUUCUCCUUCCACUGGUGGGAUCACGUCUUCAACAAGGCCGCCGCCAACAUCGCCGUGGAGGACAGACAGGAUGGCAUCUCCGUGAAGACGCGUUCCGAGCAGGGCGUCGGGAUCAGCAAUAAGAAGCCCCGCAAGGCCGGCAGAGCCGGCACCAUGUUGUACGGCCGCUUCGUGAAGUCGGCCACGCUCACGGCACGCGGGGAGGAGUCCACGAGGCUGCCCGCCAGCUCAGAGAGCAGCGAGGAAGAGGAGAAGCUGGACCUCUCUUCGGCCAGUAGGCUGACGGACGAGGAGCUGAUACGAGCCUGCGGGGGCCGCACGGCACACAAGGGCGCCCGUCACGGCCUGACCAUGAGCGCCAAGCUGGCGCGCCUGGAGGAGCAGGAGCGAGCCUUCCUGGCCACGUACCGACGCACGGAGCGGCAGCGUGAGCCCCCAGAGAGCAGCCCCCCAGCGGGGAGGCGGGAGAAAAGGAAGAAGAAAAAGAAAAAACAGUGCAGGGAUGAAGGAGAUCCUGAGGUGCUGCAGAGCCAGGAGCCAAGCAGAGAAGACGAGGUGGCAGGAGAGGAAGAGGAGGUCAUGAAGAGGAAGAAGAAGAAGAACCAGGAGCCAAGUGGAGAAGAUGAGGUGGCAGGAGAGGAAGGGGAGGUCAUGAAGAGGAAGAAGAAGAAGAACCAGGAGCCAAGUGGAGAAGAUGAGGUGGCAGGAGAGGAAGGGGAGGUCAUGAAGAGGAAGAAGAAGAAGAACCAGGAGCCAAGUGGAGAAGACGAGGUGGCAGGAGAGGAAGAGGAGGUCAUGAAGAGGAAGAAGAAGAAGAACCAGGAGCCAAGUGGAGAAGACGAGGUGGCAGGAGAGGAAGAGGAGGUCAUGAAGAGGAAGAAGAAGAAGAACCAGGAGCCAAGUGGAGAAGACGAGGUGGCAGGAGAGGAAGGGGAAGUCGUGAAGAGGAAGAAGAACCAGGAGCCAAGUGGAGAAGACGAGGUGGCAGGAAAUAAAGGGAAGGCUGCAAAGAGGAAGAAGAAGAAGAAGAAGCAGGAAGAGGACAAAGAAGAGCUGGCGGAGACAGAGAUACCUCUAGAAGACACCAAUGGGCCAGACCAGGCUGGGCACAAGCCCAGGAAGAAGAAGAGGAAGAGGGAGCCAGAGUGAGCAAGGGCCAAGGCUGCCGUGCUGCACAGCUGCUGGGACCAUCUGGCUGCGAGGGUCCCGAUCCUGCCUGCUGGCGCUGAUGGGUGCCCAAGGGCGCUCCGGGCUCUUCCCAGGUAGAGCCCCAGCGCUGUGGCCCAGCUGUGUGUUCGCUGCCUGGGGAUGCUGGGCUGGGACUGACUGGGCUGGAGCUGGGUCAAGCUUUAUUUCACCCCCUGAGCCUUCCUCCCAUCAGUGGUGACCCCAGUUCCCACCAGUCCCUGGGGUAGGGACCCAUUUGCUGUGGCUCUGUCACAGAGGGACGCAAGGGGACAGACCUCGCCGAGUACUGAAAUAUUUUUUGCAAGAGCAUGAAUAAAUCUUUAUUGUAGUGGAA